CGGUGAUUGACGUGCGCGACUCCCAAUAGCAACGCAGCGUUCCGCGGCGCGGACCAAUCGGCGCGCACGAGGCGGGCGGCCAUGACAGUGGGCGGGCCGGGGCGGCUCCUCCCGGCUGGCGGCGGCGAAGAUGGCAGAUUUCCUGAAGGGGCUCCCGGUGUACAACAAGAGCAACUUCAGCAGGUUCCAUGCGGAUUCCGUCUGCAAGGCCUCCAACCGCCGCCCCUCGGUGUAUUUGCCCACCAGAGAAUUCCCCUCGGAACAGAUUAUUGUGACAGAGAAGACAAACAUCCUCCUGCGCUACCUCCACCAGCAGUGGGACAAAAAGAAUGCGGCCAAGAAGCGCGAGCAGGAGCAGGGCGAGCUGGAGGGCGAGCACUCGGCGCCGCCGCGCAAGAUCGCCCGGACCGGCAGCCAGGACAUGAGCGAGGACACCUAGAGCCCCGGGAUCCCGGAAUUCCCGAGGCUCUUCCCGGCUUCCCGCGGCCCCGCCCCCGCCCCGCCCCCUGGCAAUUCCCGGGAUCCGCCCUAUUUAUUCGGGAUUUGCCUGGCGUGCCAGGUUUUUGGUUUGUAUUUAUGGGGUUUUUUGUGGAGAGGGAGGAUUGGUCGUCCUUAGGGGUUCUAAUUCCCAAAAUUGCCCUUUUUUUUUGGGAUGUCCCGGGAUUCCUGAUUCCCAAAAUUUCCCCCUUUUUUUCCUGGG